UUGUCCUUUUCAUUUAACUAAAUAAUUCCUAGCUAAUUAAUUAAGGUCUAAAGCAUUGACCUAAAAUAUAGCAGAACAAGCAUUGCCAUCCCAAUUUCUUCAAUCCCUGAUCAACUUCUUUCUUCUUCUGUUCUUCUUUAAUUGAUGAACUACAAUCGAUCUUGAUACUUUAACACAGGGAAGAUAUUAUGUACGGUCAAAAAAUUAAAUUAGGAGAUUAAUUAGUGAAAAUUAACACGUACAAGAUGUUAAGAACACAACUGGAAGUUCUUAAUGCGCUUGAUGUGGCCAAAACACAAUGGUACCAUUUCAAAGCCAUUGCGAUUGCUGGAAUGGGAUUCUUCACAGAUGCCUACGACUUAUUCUGCAUCUCCAUGGUAGCGAGGCUGCUCGGGCGUCUGUACUACACCCUUCCUGGCGCGGAGAAGCCCGGGACUUUGCCUAUCAAUGUUGCAGCUGCUGUCAAUGGUGCCGCACUUUGUGGAACCUUACUUGGCCAGCUUUUCUUUGGUUGGCUCGGAGAUCGUAUGGGGCGAAAGAAAGUGUACGGUAUCACCUUGAUUAUAAUGAUCUUCUCAUCUUUCGCCUCGGGACUCACCUUUGGUAAAACAGCAAAGGGGGUGAUGACUUCACUUUGCUUCUUUCGGUUCUGGCUUGGGUUUGGUGUUGGAGGAGAAUACCCUCUUUCAGCCACCAUCAUGUGUGAGUAUGCUAACAAGAAGACUCGCGGGACAUUCAUUGCCGCGGUCUUUGCUAUGCAAGGGAUGGGUAUCUUGGCGGGUGGUAUAGUGGCCUUAUUGGUUUCGGCCACUUUUGAAAAUAAAUUCAAACCUCCUCCCUUUAAUGUGGACCCAAUAGCCUCUAUACCCCGGGAAGCUGACUACAUCUGGCGUAUUGUCUUCAUGUUCGGGGCUUUCCCUGCUGCUCUGACGUACUACUGGCGCAUGCAGAUGCCUGAGACUGCUAGGUACACCGCUCUAGUGGCUAAAAACCCUAGACAGGCGGCUCAAGACAUGUCAAAAGUCCUCAACGUUACUCUAGACGCGGAGGAAGAUAGGGUUACGAGAUAUGUGUUAAGUGAAAGGCACCAGUUUGGGCUAUUCUCGCGUGAAUUUGCUCGCCGGUAUGGUAUCCACCUCCUAGGAACCACCAGUACGUGGUUCUUACUCGACAUUGCUUUCUACAGUCAAAACCUUUUCCAAAAGGAUCUAUACUUCUCCGUAGGGUGGAUCCCACCCUCGGGUGAGAUGAGUGCUAUCAGGGAGGUAUAUAUGAUAGCUAGAUUCUCAACCCUGAUCGCUCUUUGUGGGACUGUCCCUGGAUACUGGUUUACUGUCGCCUUCAUAGACGUAAUUGGACGUUGGUGGAUCCAAAUGAUGGGAUUCUUUUUCAUGACGAUAUUCAUGUUUGCCAUUGCCUUACCCUAUGAGCAUUGGAAAACAAAGGAUCAUCGUAUUGGUUUCCUUAUAUUGUACGGUCUUACCUUCUUCUUUGCCAACUUUGGCCCUAAUGCUACCACCUUCGUCGUUCCGGCUGAGAUCUUCCCGGCUAGGCUCAGGUCUACUUGCCAUGGUAUAUCAGCCGCGUCAGGGAAGGCCGGGGCUAUAAUUGGGGCGUUCGGGUUUCUCUACGCCUCCCAAGAGAAAGACCCGGCUAAUAGAGGUCAUAAUUAUCCAGUAGGUAUUGGGAAGAAGAAGUCCCUGAUAGUUCUUGGUGUCAUAAACUUUCUUGGAAUGCUUUGCACAUUCUUGAUUCCGGAACCAAUGGGGAAAUCUCUUGAAGAAUUGGCUGGAGAAGUUGAUAUUGAUGAUGCUGAAUAUGACCGAAAAGUUUUUGCUUGAUUAAUUAAUAUAAUUACCACUUACUAUAUCUCCGUUUCAUAAUUUUCUUAACGUUUUCCGGUUUGUUCAAUUUCAAAACGUUAAAAACAUUAUGAAACAGAGGUAGUAUAAGUGAUGAUCCACUAGGCUUUGUUGGCUUGUUUAAUUACAUCUUAACAUAUAACUCAAAAUUAAUUGGUUUUUAUAUAUUUUUUGGGAUUUAUUCUCUCUUAAAUUGAUUUAAUUUGUUGUAAAUCUUAGCUUGGUUUUGUUGUUUGUAUUGAGACUCAACCGAGCUUUGGAUCACAUUGAUAUAAUUAAUAAGGUAUUUGGGAAAAUCAAAAUACCUUGUAUUCCCUUGUACUUCAUUGUAAAUAUACAAACUCAAAAUUUUGUGUGAUAUGGAUAAAUUUUAGUUAAUUGGAGGUUGU